AUGCUUUUUUUAAUUAUUUUUACAUUAUUAAAUAAUGUCUUUGCUUUAGUUACUCUGACAAUUGAUGAGAAAUUUUAAGAGUCUGAAACCAUUUUCUAAUUGUUACAAUCUUAAUAUCAAGUUUUUUAGAGUAUUCAAAACACUACUUUCUUUUUUUAACCUUAUUAAAUAGAUUAAGAUAAACAUAUAACAGUUGAGUAUGAACUAUUAUCUAAAUAUAUAGAUUAAUUUUUGGGUUUCCUCAAGAUGGUGAUGUUAAUUUAGAGUUUUCAAUUACAAAAAAUAAAUAUGAUAAUACUAGUUCUCAAAAUGAUGUAUUUUAUGACUUAAAUGGAAAAUAUUUAUUCAAAUCAUAUUAGAUGAUUCAAAUAAACCCAUUUACUUUUGAUAAGAAUGAUAAAUUCUACAUUGAUAUAAAUAUUAGAGAUACCAAUUUUACAGACUAUUAAUAUUUAUUAAAAAUUACUAAAACUUAGAAUAAGCUUUGUCCAAAUUAUUGUGGAAAUUCAUAAUCAGGACUAUGUAAUACAGAAACAGGAAUAUGUUCAUGUUCAUCUUAAUUUGUAGAUUUAGAUUGUUCUAAAUAAGCUUAACCUUUAUCUUUGAAAGAGCCCCUUUAAAAUAUAAUGAUAGAAAAAAAAGAAUAUUUUUAUUUUGAAAGAGAUUUAUUAAACACUAAUAUAACUUUGAGUUUAGGUUUAAUGAAUUCCUAAUAUCUAGGAUCUAAAGUUUAAGCCUAUGUUAUGUAUGAAAACUUUGAAUUAGGAGUACCAUGUGAUCAAUUUUUCAAUAAUUACAUUUCUUUUCAUAAUAAAUCUUCUCAAUCUGAAUAAAUAGAUUUGACACCUUUAAUAUACGACCAAAAUAAUCAAAGAUUUUAAAGAUUAUUGAUUACUGUCACAACAGAAUCACCAGUUCUCAUUUAUCUUUCAGUUAGCAUAACUUCUUCAGAUAGUAAUUUUGAUAUAGAUUCAAGUUUAAUUAUUGUAUACGUCCUAGUUUCAAUUGCAAUUAUAUUGUUGUUAACCUGGAUUAUUGUAAUUGUUAUCAGGUAUAGAAAAAGUUCAAGAAUACAUGAUGAAGUUAAUACUGUAUCUCAUCCUCCAAACAAUAAUAAUAGAAUAAAUUAAUCUUCUUUGGUUAUAAAUAUUAUAGAUUAAUAUAUGCCAAAAUUAAAAUACUCGGAAAUUUUAGAAUUUCCAGAAUUUUAGGAAUUAGAAAUUUAGGAAACAUGUUCUGUUUGUUUAUAAGAAUAUUAAAAGUAAACACUUUGUAGAUUUACUCCUUGUCAUCAUAUUUUUCAUUUUAAUUGUUUAGAAUAAUGGAUAAUAAAACAUGAAAAUUGUCCUCUAUGUAGAACAGCCUUAGAUUAAAAGUCAUUGAAAGAAUUGCUUAAUUAAAAUAUUCUUGACACUUUUAAGAAAAAUCAAUAAUAAAACAAAAAAAAAUAACAUAAUGUUGUUAUACAAAGUUAAUUGUUUUCUAAUGCUCACACUAGAUUGAGAAUGAUUGCUAAUAAUUCAAUCGAUAACCACUGA